AUGGCCGCAACCUUCAGAUCCCACUUUAGACAUCCGCCCCCCAACGAGAGCACGACAUCGCAGAGCGAGCGCAAGAGGCUCAGCCGCGUCCCGGCGAAAUCGACAGAAAAUGCUAGGAGCAGUACGCAGGUCCCGAGCGCGCAACAGGCGUCGCUGCUGGGUAGAAGGACGAGCAGAAGCGUUAGAGAUUUGUCGUCGGACAAGAAAGGGACUGGCGCAACGACUGUAGAAAAGGCUCCGAGCGCCGGAUCGAGUGCGCGCCAACCAUCUGCGUCUUCGAGAAGGGCGGCGGUUCCACAGCAAUCUGGGACUAUUCCUACUACACAACCAGAGAUGUCGAGGUCAAAGCCGGCGAAUGUUCUACCGCCACCACCUACGAUGCGCACGCCAUCUCAUGUUUCAGGUCCGUCUUUAUCGACAGCCGACAAGCCCACGUCGAAGGGAUUACGGCGCAAGCCUUCGACUAUCGAGACAUACGCCGCCACAAAGAAAUCAGAGAGCCGGGCAGUCAUACCAGAUAAUGCCACUGCGUACUCCAGGGACGAGAGUAUGAGUGCGGCCUUCGAGGACUCAAUCUUGGGCAUCUCGAUACCGCAGACAGGUUCGGAUGCGCACCACGGCUCAUACUUUACAGCGAAUCCAAGGUACCGGCUGUUGUCUGAUAUGGGACCUGGAGGCCAACCUGUAACGAGAGACAUCACGCCGCCCGUCCCCAACUAUGCUCCAUCUUCGACUCCUUCAACGCGCUAUACGGACUCGCCUUUCAGUCAUGUACCUACACCGAGUUCGGCAUCCUCGUACUCCUCCGUCAUGCUCACAUCGACGAACACACCUCGCUUACGGCAGCAAAGUCCCACAUGCAGCGGCACGCCGGCUGGUCGCCGUUCGAACGAGAGGAAUGAUGUCGGUCGACUUGCGCUGCCGGUGGUGCGCGAGUCCUCCACGUCAUCAUCAAACUCUACCGUCAAGCCAAACGAGCGAACAGCGACAAUACCAAAGGAAGUACCACGCAAACCAGCCACAGCUCCGCCGGGUGGCAAGACUCCAGGUAGCGAACGUUCGUCUUCAAGGGGAAAACUGGUCAAAGAGAAACCCAGGCAAGGCUCAGCAUCUUCAAGCGCAAAGCCAACGACGCGGAUACCUCCCGAACUUGCUCACCUCAAUGUCGAGCCGUCUCCUGUGAACCUGAACAAAGCCCUACCACCAAUCCGACCCAGCCGAGAGGGAACACCAAUGCUAGAAGGCAUGACCAACCCAUCGCCAGUCGUCCAGAGCGAUCUUCCGAAACUCUACAACACCUACCACAAGCGAACGCCAUCACAGGAGACCAACAACCCUGCCUCGCCACUCAAAUCCCGGUUUGGUCUUUCUCCGCGGUCACCCUCUCGACAGGAGUCGCCUCGGAUUGAUUCUGCUCUGUCUCCUCCGCCAGUAGCCCGCUCGCUCUCCCGUGGCCCCACGCCCGCUCCAAAGCCUGCAGAAGGACACAAGCUGACCAGAAAGGACUCUCCUGCUGUUGGACCCGCCCCUAGCCCGAGCAAAUCGCCUCGCUUUGGAUUCUGGUCAAGAAAGCCGAAGCCAGAAGCCGCGAAGCCGACCGAGAAGCCGAAGCGACAGCCGGUGAAAGGCCCUGUAGCAGGAACAGGGCAUGAAGGGUACAGAAAGUUUGGCGUCCGCGGUCGAAGUGGAAGUACUACUAGUAGCACAGGCAUGCGGUCAUCGAGUACCGACAGCAAUACCAGCAGUCAACCAAGGAGAGUGUCCCAAGGCAGAAAGAGCAGCGUCACCAGCAAGGAUGGCUCGGAUAUGGACGACUUCCUUCGAGAGCGUUUGAGCCCUGUUGUGUUGCGUGGCAGCGGUAGCACAGUCAGCAAUGCUGCAUCUCGGUCAGAAUCCCAGCCGCCGACUGCUCCGACUUCGAAGACUUCUUCGCUGGAAAAUUAUACGAAGCCGCAGCUACUUCCUUCAGCCACAAUACAAGGUUCUGGUAAAUCUCCCGCAAAGAGGCAGCAGCAUCCUACCGCUCGAGCUCCUUCAGAUAGCAGCCAAGACGACGUCUUUGCUCGCUACCCGACGUUGGCUGCUCGACGCUCGCUCACCCGGCUGUCACAAGGCGACAAAGACCCUCGCGUGAGGCUGCCAGCUCCCAUCGAUACCAGUCGGCCCUCCAAGGACUCCUCACUCGACAGCUACGAUGCUGAGGGCUCGGCGCAUCCGCUGUCUGAUAGCACGCUGCCGACAGAUGAUCUUGGUGAAGGCAAUGAAGGAUUGUGGCUUCGUCCACUCCAAAAGGAGCCCGAACGGGCCGAGCAAGAGCCCAGGCCAUCUCGAAAGUGGAACUUUUUCCAGCGCGCCCAAGCAUCACCAAGAAGAAAGGGCAAAGAAAAGGCGCCUGCUGAGCCUCAAUAUCCCACCAUCGACGACUACCAGUCGCCACAGCGAGGCAAUGCGCUAUCUACCAUGUUUGAUCCUGUCGAACCGGUUGCCCUGGAGGAGGUCGAGCGCAUCAUGGAGGAGAGCGAAACGUCGUUCGAGGACUCUGCGUCUGAGCUCAAUGUACCUUCCAGAACCGUGCCUUACGAACGUCGUCAUGAGAGUCUGCUACCAUCACCGCAUCGGAGUAAGGAGCCGGAAGACGCUCGCUGGAAAGGUCAUCCACACCUGCCUGCUGUUACCGUCCGGCAAGCUCCUUUCGAGUUUUCUGAGAAGCCUCAUAUUGAGCCACCCUCCAUGCAGCAGCACGACCUCUUUGCGGACGAACAAUGGGGCAGAGCACCGAUGGACGUUUUGGAAGAUCACACCAGGCUUCGCCAGUCGCCACGACAAAUGCAUACGCCGGAGAUAUUGCACAGCUCUUUGAACACUCCAGAUUUGCAGGACGACAGCCCAGCUCGACAGCCGAGACUUUCACCAGUCGGACGCAUCCCUAAAGUGGUCUCGAAGCGCGAUCGCGAUCGAAAGCUCGCAGAUAGCUCGUUCUCGCGACCCUUUGGGCGCGCCCAGCCGAAGCCUACAGUACAACCUCCAGGAUCCUUGUACAGCCAGAUACGGGAGCUUGCAAGCCCCGUUGAGCCUGUCUCCAGCACAAGCACCAACUCGAAUCGCAUCUCCAGCGAGCACAAGAGCAGUCUCAACACCAAUGCUCCAAGCACGUCUACCAACCGGACGAGCAUGGAUGUACAUGGCAAUGAGUUCUUUACUUUCCCACCUCGCAAGGACUCGGACUUGUCAUACUCGGGGAGCUCGGGCAACAAUAGCUGGAUGGCGAGCAUGGCCGCUCCGCCACCGCAAAUGGAAGACGUGUGGGCCGAGUACAACGACCUGUUGGACGAUGUUAUGCCACCGAGGACUCCUUUGUCUGCCGGGUCUUCUCUUGGAGCGCCGUUCCAGUAUUCGAGCACGCUGUAUGAGCCAGCUAAUGCCCACAGUCAACAGGCUCCGAGCCAUAUACCAUGGAGCCAACUGCCUCUGCCGCCACUGCCAAAUGCGAACCCUACGGUCCUCACACUGCCACAACAGAUCGCGCGCCUGCAGCCUUCAAUGUCGCCCCUGUCGACACCGAACCAACUGGCCGACUUCGUGGAUCACUACGGCAACCGCAGCACGAGCACGCUCUACACCCCGACUCAAACCAUCGUUCCGGAGCAGAGGCGGCCCAGCUUGGCUCGGUCUUCUCGCUCAAGCAUCCCCGGGCCCAACCGUAACAGUGCUGGUCCAGGCAAUCGCACAAGUGUGCCCAGCGCACGCGGUAGCAUGGCAUCUUCUCGACAGAGCCGCGGCUCUGCACACUCUAGGUCUGCAUCUCUGCCAGAGGCCAACGGGCGAAACUCCCAGUCAAGCUUGGCACCAAGCGUACGCUUCAACAGAGACACCCAGCUCUUGGACAUCGCCGAAGUAGAGGGUGACGACCACGCUGCUGCUGCCAACCUGCGGUUUGGCGCUUUGAUGACAAGCAAAUGGCUUUCCUUCGGCCGUGUGCUGUUCAGCCCGGCUGAUAACGAGAUGCGGCUCGCGGACGACCCCAAGGUCCUGAUUGUCGACGGUCUUGGAAGCGACUGGAGCUUUUACGUCGCUCUCCAGUACCCUGCCGCUGCCGUGUACAAUCUCGGGCCUGCACCGCCUAACGGAUCAGCGUGGCCUGGAGUCAAUCAGCGACCACCACCGAAUCACCGUCACAUCAACCUCGAUGCCAUCUCCGGCGCCUUUCCGUUCCCGAAAGGCUUCUUUACCGCCGUUGUGUUCCGCUUCCCGUUGGCUACUACAGAUGAGGCCUACCACUCGGCGAUUUUCGAGUGUAAGCGUGUGCUGAGACCCGGCGGGUAUCUUGAGGUUGCAGUCCUGGACUUGGAUCUCAUGAACAUGGGCAGCAGAGCCAGGAAAGCAGUCCGUGGCUUAAAGACGAGGAUGCAAGAGAAAGACCAACAUGUCAGUCUCCGCAAUUUGAGCGACACUCUUGUCCGGCUCAUCGGCCGCCGCGGCUUCGAGGACGUCCAACGCUGCAUCGUCGGUGUGCCUGCUGCUGGCCGCAUUCCACGUAGCCAAGACAUGAGCAGUAGCUCUUCCGGCCGCUCGAGCAAGCCAGUCUGGCAGCGUGAAGACCGCGUGGGCAAAGAAUUCUCCUUCGCCGACCUUCUCGAGGACGCUCGCAGCAGCCAGAUCGAAGCACGCAAAGACAACGACGAGAGCAUCACCAAGAUGGUCGCAAAAGUCGGUCGAUGGUGGUACUCUUCUUGCUACGAAAAGGCUCUCUUCCCGUCUGACACCACGAGCAUCUGGAACGACCACACCUUACUCCGAGAAUGCGAGAAGCAGGGCACGAGCUUCAGACUCCUCAUCUGCCAUGCGCAGAAACCGACGCAGACGCGACGUCGUACCGUCAGUGUCUGA